ACUUCAAAAUAAAAAUGGUGACUACCGCAUAGUAAAUCUUGUUUAUACUUGCCUGUUGUAUGUGAUUUCGCAAUAUGUUCAGUAGGAUAACUACAAUAUUUUCACGUCACUUCUUCAGUCGCCAGGCUUCACGCAGGAGUGCGUGUGAAUUUCCAUUUAGUGGUAAAUAUUUUUCUUAACUAAGUCAGUACUGGAAUAACAAAUUUUUAAUUUUAGAAUCGAUGUCUGGAGAUUUAUUAAAAAAACUAUCGAAGUCAAAUAAAAAUGGAAAUUUUACUGUAAUCUAAUUUAAUGUUUUGAAAUGCCUGUAUAGUAUUAAUAUAGAGAAAAAUUUUACAGGUUGCUGUAGAAGGCAACAUAGCUUCCGGGAAAACGUGCCUACUAAAUCACUUUGAAAAGUUUUCAAACGUAGAAGUAUUGACCGAACCGGUUAAAAAAUGGAGAAAUAUCAAAGGGAAAAAUGCUUUAGCUUUAAUGUAUGAAAACCCAUCAAGAUGGAGUAUGACUUUACAAACUUACGUUCAAUUAACAAUGCUUCAGCAGCAUUCAAAAGCACAUGAGAAACAAGUUAAAUUAAUGGAAAGAUCUAUUUUUAGCGCAAAAUAUUGUUUUGUUGAAAAUCUUUAUCGAACACAACGAAUGGAGGAGAUUGAUUAUCUUGUUUUAACUGAAUGGUUCGAUUGGAUUGUCGAAAAUGGAAGCUGUGAUUUAGAUCUCAUUGUAUAUUUACGAACCAAACCCGAAGUUCUAUACGAAAGAAUUAGAGAAAGAGGAAGAAAUGAAGAGCAGAUUAUUCCUCUCGAAUAUCUACAAUCAUUACAUGAACUGCAUGAAGAUUGGCUUGUACAUAAAGUGAAAUUUAACUGUGAAACUCCAGUACUUAUUCUUGAUGCCAAUGCUAGUCUUGACGAAAUGAUAUAUUCCUACGAAGAGAAUAAGAAGACAAUCCUAUGCGGAGUAGCGUAA